UCCUUUGUUCGUCCUCGUUGCGCAGUAGUGCUCGCUGCUUCUCUCUUCCGCUCUCGCGCCGGUAGCCGAUCCGCGUGUGGAGUCGCCCACGAAGCGCCGGUUGGCGGGUUCACAGAGUCUUGGAACGACCAUCACGUCGCUACAUUGAAUUAGCUGUUUGAUUAAAAACAGCCGAAGGAGAUUAAGGGCAAUGGCAAAACAAAUUCAUCGUUGGGGGAAAAUGGUUGAAGCCGAUCGGCCUGGGAAGCUCUUCAUUGGUGGGCUUAAUACAGAAACCAAUGAGAAGGCCCUUGAAGCAGUGUUUGGCAAAUAUGGACGAAUCGUAGAAGUACUACUGAUGAAAGACCGGGAAACAAACAAAUCCAGAGGGUUUGCUUUUGUCACCUUUGAGAGCCCAGCAGAUGCUAAAGAUGCAGCCCGAGAUAUGAAUUAUGGAGGCCCACCACGAAGGGAACCCCUGCCCUCCCGUAGAGAUGUUUAUCUGUCCCCAAGAGAUGAUGGAUAUUCUACUAAAGACAGUUAUUCCAGCAGAGAUUACCCCAGUUCUCGUGAUGCAAGAGAUUAUGCACCACCACCAAGAGAUUAUACCUAUCGUGAUUAUGGUCAUUCCAGUUCACGUGAUGAGUAUCCCUCCAGAGGCUAUAGUGAUAGAGAUGGCUAUGGUCGUGAUCGUGACUAUUCAGACCAUCCAAGUGGAGGUUCCUACAGAGAUUCCUAUGAGAGCUAUGGUAACUCACGUAGUGCUCCACCUACACGAGGGCCCCCGCCAUCUUAUGGUGGAAGCAGUCGCUAUGAUGAUUACAGCAGCUCACGGGACGGAUAUGGUGGAAGUCGAGACAGUUACUCAAGCAGCCGAAGUGAUCUCUACUCAAGUGGUCGUGAUCGGGUUGGCAGACAAGAAAGAGGGCUUCCCCCUUCUAUGGAGAGGGGGUAUCCUCCUCCACGGGAUUCCUACAGCAGUUCAAGCCGUGGAGCACCAAGAGGUGGUGGCCGUGGAGGAAGCCGAUCUGAUAGAGGGGGAGGCAGAAGCAGAUACUAAAACCAAACAAAACUUUGGACCAAAAUACCUGUUCAAAGAAACAAAAAAAUGGAAACUAUUCUGUCAUAACUACCCAAGGACUAUUAA